GAAAUAGGUGAGACGGGCCUACGUUCCCGGGAUCAUAUGGACCAGCCGCUGUUUGUAGAAUGACUUACCUGGAGAACGAGAGAAACACAGUGAAAUUUUAAAAUGGAAGAAGAGAAAAGGCCUCCGUAUUCUCCCGACAACUUCCAUCUGGGAGUCGAUUUGGAAAAGACCGCUGUGUACCAGCUGAGUUUUCUGGAAUCUGUCUACAAGACUCCGGCUCUGUCUUCGGAAGCUGUGCUAGAAAGAGCAAUAUGGCGGUACGAGCACCUGUGGCUCCCCCUAGCGGCUGAAUCACAGGACACCGGCGAACUGUUACCGGCUCCCAUUGACGUGGAAUGGGUGUGGCACUGUCACUUGUUGUCUCCCCUUGCUUACGAGAGGGAUUGCUUAGCGGUAGUUGGGAGGUUAGUGGAUCACAAGCUGUUGACUCAGGAGGAAAGAAAAACCGGUCUGUUGAAAUCAAAGACCAUGUGGGAAAGCAAAUAUCCAGGUGAAGCCUUCGAUUAUCUUGAAUCCGAUGGAUUGAAUGAGAAACAAGCCGCAGCGGAUAUCGUUGGCUCAAAGAUCACCUACAAUAUAAGGGGUGCCAUUUUCAGACAGAAAGACUUCUACUACGAAGUAUCAUUGGCACAUUUCAAGGACGUGAAGUUCCUGGCCACUGCUCUGGACCGGUACAGACGUUUUCUGUAUCUUCGUCAGCAGUUUCCAUCGGUGUUUCUGGUGCCGUCUUACGACAUUGACCUGAUGUGGCACACACAUCAACUUCAUCCCAAACACUACCACACAGACACUUUACAACUUCUCGGUCGUAUCUUCAACCAUGACGACUCUGUAAAUGACAGAAGCCCUGGCUCCAAACUUAGCAUUGCGGAUGCAGAAACAAGGAACUUGUGGAAAGACACGUUUGAGGAGAACUUUACCAUGUACGGAGCAAUGUACAGGGGGUUCUCGCCGGCUGGGAAGCUCGCCGAUAUUCCUCCUGAAAACCUGACAGCGAUGGCGACGAAGAAAUGCCGCCUGACCAUAAAGAAUAUCGACGUUGAGGGUUUGGCCUCACCUGAUCCUCGUCUAAGGCUAAACAUCGCAAUAGUCGCCAGCGAGGCUGCUAAAGCCAAAGACCCCACAAUUCGGCCACAUGUUCAAAUUUCCAGUCUGAAGGAACACGGCAGUUCCUGGAGAGGAGAGAACUUAGUCAGUACCGUCUUCCAGACAAUGGACGAUGUCGGCUUGCACUUUUCGCUGUCCGAAAAGUUCGGAAACUUCUGCUUUCUUUCGAAAGAGGAAGUAGGUUAUGCGUUUGACAACAUCGCCUCUGACGUGGAAAGCUGUUUUCCGGACGGAGCGGAGACCACAAGAGCUCUCAGCUUGAAUUCAUCCGACGGCGUGAAACUUAAGUACCUGUUGAAAAUUGGACCUCCGAAGCUGGGACCUCUUGCAUUAACGGUAACGGCGGGGACAUACGAGAGCUGCAUCAUGCCCGAGAUGAUUGAGCAGAUGUGGGGUCCGAUCCCGCUAGCCCGUCUUCCACAGGGCACAGACAAUACCUGCGAAGUGGCAUCACACAGAUUGAUUAGCCACUUGGGUAAGGUAGAGUUUACCUGCCGGACAAUACACAGUCUCCCUUUGAUGAUGUCCGCCAUACAGGUGUUCUACCAAGACAAGAUGGCCGUCGUAGCUCACCUGAUCGGCACAGAUCAGCUUCCGCUGUCGUCACAGGUGUCAAAUAUUCCAGAGAAAUGUGUCUCCUUGACCCCAGGGGUAGGACAGAGAGCUAUUCUCAUCAAGAACAACACUGAGGACUGGGGGAUUCUUCUGGGGAGAUGGGUAGGGAUGAGGAAAGGCGUCCCUGGGACAAAAGGCACUCGAUACCAGGCCGGUCGGCGGGGUACACCUGGCAGUCCUGGUCGACUGAGGGUGAAGCUAUACAAGAUGUCCGACAAAAGUUGGCAGACUGUUGAGACGAAGUACGAUGAUUCUGACUACGACGUCGAGAUUAAUAAAAUGGAGGUCAACCUGAAGCAAGGUUUUAUUACGCUGAAGUCGCAGGAUAAAGACAUCGCGGAGAAUUUAGCUGUGGCGUUUAGCAUUGGGUUACUUCACGUCCUGUGUCAGCCUCGACCCAAGAACUGGAAGCCUGGAUACACACCCACCUCGACAUCGCGCGGAAACAGGAGCGUGCGGAGUAUCCCGUCAGAGGACAUGGUGCUGAUUCUGGCCGCAGGUUACAUCGCCUGUGCCCCCACAAACCAUUUUCUGUACUCAUCGCACCAGGCUCACGACUCGUGUGCUGGUUGCGUGGGAGUGGUUGGCGAUGGCGGCUUGAUUGAUGCCAGCGACAACAACAUCUUGGGCGACAACUACUCAGUAUGCGAUAUGGACUACGAAGCGGCGUACGGCGACGGCGAUUUUGGCGGCGAUGGUGAUGGAGGUGACGCCGGCGACGCCGGCUGUGGGGGUUGUGGUGGCUGUGGCGGUUGUGGUGGUGGAGGAUGUGGCGGAUCGGGAGGCACAGGAGGUUGUGGGGGCGGUGGAGAUGCAGGUGGGGGAGGUGGAUGCGUUGGAGGCGGUGGAGAUGGUGGAGGUGGCGGUGGUUGCGGAGGUGGCGGUGGUUGUGGAGGUGGCGGUGGUUGCGGAGGUGGCGGUGGUUGUGGAGGUGGCGGUGGUUGCGGUGGAGGUUGUGGUGGCUAAAAUUUUAAGGCGUCACCAUUUUGUUGAUGGCAUCAAAAACUAUGAGCGGAACAUACGUUUACAUAACAUAAACGUGUACCUGUCUAAGUUAGCCUUACUGUGUUUGUGUACAUCUAAGCUCUUGACCACCGUGAGCAUGUGGUAAGAGCCACCAUUUAACAUGCAGCCUCGUUUUGGAAAAACAAUUAUAGUUUUGGGCUGUCUGAACACGUCGGCCACGUGAUUCACGUGACUUUACCCUUAUUUGUUUAUUACUACAAACAGCAUUUUACCUCCAUCACAAGAAUGCUGACACACGACUAUAUACAAAGAAAAGAAAAAAAGUAUAUUGUUUUAUCCACAUUGUUUUUGUCCGUCUGAGAUAUAUUAUUUUUGUACCUCAAAUAUUAGUAUAUAGAAGAGCCGUGUGAUCUUUUAAAAUUUGGAAGUUUUUGUGCAUUGCACCAUGGAGACAAUCGGACGUUUUGAAACUUUUAGUCACUCAUGAAUGGCCCAUAUAAUUAAAAUCAAACCAUUUCCUGUAAUAUUGAAACUAAAAUUGACACUAAUAUUGACCCUAUUAUUGACAAAAACAAAUUUCCCUUCUCAGUCCAGUGUUAAUUAACGGCCUUACAUAUCCAGACUUUGAAUAUGUAAAAAGUAUUACAAUUUAUUCGGUCUUUGGGUUACUUUCUGCUGUCGUCGGUGCUUCAUUUUGUAGAUUCUCCGACUUUUGAUGAUCAGGAAAAAAGCGGGUGUUUUCGGUCGAGUUCACAAUUCCUGUUUUUAGGAUCCACUGAUAUAUCUGGGUGUUGGGUUGGUAGCUACCAUUAUAUAUUUAUCUUCUAUAUUUAUAUUUCUACAUUGUAUUAUACUAUGUUAUAUAUUCAACUAAAUAACACAUAUGUGUAAAUUUAUACAUUGUACUUUUAUAUCAUUGCUCCCUUCUGUGUCCAUGUUAAUGGCUGCGUCAUAAGCCUGGUAUUGGAAUUACCAGACGAGUGAUUGACGAGGACUAACGUGAAGGAAGGUGCAAAUCAGGGAAUCGGGGGGCGUUAUCGAGUAAUGUGAUCAUUUGUCUGCAGUCCAAGUCAGCUUAUUAACCGAUCUUGUAUACAUAUAUGCAUGUAUGUAUGUAUUUUAGAGUAGUUUACUGUUAAACACUCCUUGUUUGUAAUGAAGCUAUGCCAGCUUUCUAUUUCUAUUUUGGAAACUUCACUGUAGAUGUACUAAUCCCUUAAACUGAUACAAAACUAUUUCGUAUGUUUUCUGAGGGAUAGCAGAAUAGAUUCUGUUACAGCGACACACCCAUAUGUUCUGUAGGACUUCUUUUGUACUGUUAUUCCAACAGAAAACUUCUGUUAGUGUGCUGUUAUUACAACACAAAAACUUCCAUAGGUGCCCUUUUAUUCCAACAGAAAACUUCGGUUCGUCCCCCGUUAUUCCAACAGAAAACUUCAGUUCGUCCCCUGUUAUUCCAACAGAAAACUUCAGUUCGUACCCUGUUGUUC